GUCAAAGAUGGAAGGAUGGACAUUGAAGAUAGUUGUUGUGGUUGCCGUAAAUGUUUUUAGAUAAGUAGCUGUGUACUAUCCUCCUAGAUUGUACUUAUCCAAAAUCAAUAAAGAGCAACAAGAUGUCGAUGUCUCCUUCGCGCCUCGCGGCGAUGCAGGUCGCGAAAAGUGAGCAAACCAAAAGAGAUGAGCAUCGAAUGUAUCAAGCGGCUACUAAUGCUUAUGGCUCACGUUCCCAAUUCCAUCUUGUUCAGAGCGAGGCGGGCAUCCAUCGGAGGGGUGUUAUCUGUAAGUAAAAGCAUUACCAGUUGUACCAGACGCAAUGCCUCUGUUCAACAAGAAGAUGGAUUGAAGUAACACGGUCCUGCUCUAAAAUGAACAGAAGUGGGGUCGUGGUGCAAUGCCACCACUGAAAGAGGUAGGAGCCCCAACUACCUUUGGUGGCAAAGUGGACUAUGAAUAUCUCCAAUGCGCGUAUAAUGGGAGGAUACCUGGCUACACUGGAUUCAUGCCCACAAAAUAUUCGCAGAGCCAGUACUUACUGUUUUGAAAGUUUGAAAUUUUGAUGAACUACGAGUACUCCUUCUACACCUCGCUCAACAAACCGACUACGAUUCUACGAUCAUGCCCUGAUGAACUACACAGCACUCAAGUCAACUUUGGCCUAAAAUUAACAAGGUGCACACAACACUGACGUCACCUUUCUCCUAUCAAGGUACGGCCAGCCAGCAGCAGAUGUCCAUGGCAGAUCGGGUACAUUGUGCCAAACGAAGCCAACCCGUGCGGCAUCAGCAGCGUAUGUUGCGCCCACGCUCAAAACCAAGCCAGAGGAGCACUUCAACAAACCAGCAGAAUGGACUAAAAGUUACUCAUCGAAAGAGAAAUUUGGGUUGGAUAAACCAGGUACUAUAUUGUGAGAUUUCCAUGAAGAAGUGACUAUACUUCGUCGGAAUACUCUGUGUUAAUCCCGUCGGGCUGUUUGUUCGUGAAACGAGUCAGAACGAGACACUUGAGAGUGAGGGCGAGUGGAAAAAGACUGUUUGUUUUUGUUCCGCUCGGAAAGACAUUGUAGAAAGUAGUAUCGUUUUGUCCCUGCGGGUUGAUUAUAACUGUAUCGAGUUAAGUGACGAGAUGAAAAAGCUUAGGUGAGUAAGAAGUAUACCUAAGCACAUGAAGACACACGAAACUGGCGUACACAUUAAUCACUACAAAACCGCAUGGACAUCAUGAUGAUCCUUUCCUCCUUUCCAACACCUCACUGUGUGUUUUGUGUGACCGCUAUGAAUACGCGGCUCAAGUUUUGAAAUCACGAAUGAUAAUGUACAAGUAAGAUGAUUGAGAAACAAUAAAACAUGUCGAACACACAGAUCACACCGCGACGGUGUUGAUGGACCCGAGUGUUCUACCCCUGUUAUCACUUUCCGACAGUGGUAGCCGGAGAACGUGGUUACCGUUUUAUCCGACUACGGUACCGAUCCACACGAUGCCGCACUGUAACUGAACGAAUCACACGCAGGGCGGUAAUCCUUUGAGUGGAAAUAUGAGCCAACCCCGCAGUAGAUCUAGAAGUAGAUCUCCUUCUAAUCAAGAACCAGACAGCGUCCAGCUAACUCACGAAGAACUACGAUUGCUGGACGAAAUGGACAACAACCAUCUACCACAAAUUGCCGACGGCAACACUACCGACGAACUGAUGGAGCCGCAACUCCCCGUCGGAGGACCACCAAGACUGCCACCAGUCCCGGGUGGCGGGAACAUCGGAGGUCCAAGCUCGUCUUCUGGAUCGGGAAUGAUGGUAGGUAACCCGCCGCAGUACUACGCACUUUCUAGCAACAAUGGAAGUGGUCGAACUACUGUAGGCCAAGGCCCUUCUGUUUAUGAUCGGGCGAUUGCUGAAGAACUGAUCUACAGCCGAAACGUGCUGCUGCACAACCAACGGAACAGUAAUCAUGUUGCUCAGCAGACACAACAGGACCUGCAACAGGUGAAUGCAAAUGUGCAGGGGACAGUCGAAGGAAUCCGUCAACUUGGAGGUGAGGUCAGAGGGAGCAGCCAGAACAUCCACCGCCUCGCAUCCGAAGUUAUGGGAACGACUAGUGCAAUCCAGCAAGGGGAAAACAACAUCCGUCAACUACAUGAGAAUGCUGAGAAUAACUUCUCCAACACCGUGGGGCGCAUUGACGGAAAAAUCAACAGCCAGAACCAAGAGCUACAGGAUGUCCGAGAUGAACUAGCACGCAUGAGACAACUACACCAAGCGGAGCUUGGCGCCAUGCGUCAACAACUAAUGAACAACGGUGCGUAUCAUCCUCAUCGUAAUACCAUGAACACAGGGAACUUCCUACAGCACCCUGGUCCUUUGACUCCUGGUUUUGGGCCACAGUCUAUACCACCACGACGCCAUUCUGACUACGGCACCGGAAUCGCUGGGAACAUGGUCACACCACCUGGACUAUCGCCUCGAGCCGGUAUGACGAGCGGAGCAGGAAUAGGACAUCCAGGCGUUACGGGAAUGGGAGGCGGAUACGGAUCUAUGCCCACUGGUGGCGCAGGCCGGAUGCCCUUCAAUGGGAUGCAUGGACACAAUCCGUUUCAUGGGGUAGAUCUAGUGAACGGAAAUCAUCCUCAUCUGCCAAAUUCGAAUUAUGGAUUCGGACCUGAUCCAUUUGGCGGAAUGAGAAUGAACGGGAUGCAUCACCAGCACCACUACAGCGGAAACAUGAACCACCACCAUGGAUCAUUUGGCAAUAGCUACUCUGCAAACGUGCUCGGAGAUCAUCUACCUCUGCGUCAUGUUACACCCACGUUUGACGGUGGAGCAGUGAGGAAGCAGAUCUGGAAGUUCACUAGAAUCCAGUUUGAAUCGGAUUACAUCAUCCAUUACGGUCAAGCACCUGACCCACGACAUGCGCGACGUAUGCGCGACAAACUCCCGGAACGUGAUCCGCCCAAAAGGACAAACUACGAACGUGUUGACGAGUUCCUCAGUGCCAUGGAGAACUACCUAGUAGAAUGCCUAGCGACCACAACUGGAGCAGCAAAUGAUGAAGCAUACCUCUUUCCUGCCUUCAGCGAACAGAGCAUUAUCGAACAGAUCCUGUAUGAGGAAGAUGCAUCCAAGAACCGAUGGAAGUUUGUACUAACCAAACCUACCAAGGAAAAACUACGAGUAGUGACAUUCAGUUUGCGCAUUCGGGACAGUCUCACAUUCCGAAAUCUAGUCUAUCGACUGUUCGAAUGUUUCGGAUCCGAUUUCAUCAUUAAUCGAGACGAGCGCGAGGCAUACAUCAACUUCGGGCGGCGCCCUGGCGAAGGAGACGCUGAAGUAAUACGUCGCUUCAUCGAGACCGCUGAGCGUGGAGGAGUAUGGCCACUCACUAGCGACCUGGCUUCUCGUGAUGUAGUCUGGCAACACUUCGCCCGAAGGGUCGAACUACCAGUCACCCUAAUCCGGUCUACCUUGACUGACCCGCUGUACCGUCAGUACAACCAAGGAAUUGUUCACUUUGAACAUCUGCUCGAACAUCUUCUUCUGAACGAACAAGCAGAGGCGUCUCUAGGAAAAGCAUCGAAAAGGACCAGAGAACAAGCGCUCACUGUGAGUGAUGCUGCCAGUAAUUGUGGAGCUAGCAGCCCAGAUUCCGAAGGAGAAUAUGUUCUGGCAGCUAAAGCCAAUCCAAAGAACAGCACCGCAUAUGACCCUGCGAAUCCGAAGGGACGCUGGAAUCGCAACAAUGGGAGUAAUAGUCAGGGCAAUAAUGGAGGCGGACGAGCGCUGCUUCUCGGAAAAAGUGGACGAAACAUCAAAUGCUGGCUCUGCGGACGCAACCACAUGAAAGAAGAUUGCGAGUUCAAGGACAAGGUAUGCCGAAAAUGUUUUGGGAAAGAUCAUUUGGCUGCCGAGUGUCCAGUUCCUCCAACUGAUCAAGCGGCCAAGCGAAUCAGCAACCUCGGUUUCGCCAAGAUGAAGGCUCACGACAAAGUCGGGGCCAUCUUGGAAGAUCUUCCUGAAAACGCAAAGAAGCAAGUAAUCCUCAGUGUGGUUGAUGAAGAUCAGGUUGAACGGGUGUUCGUCAUCGAAGAUUACACCAGCAACGACUCAACAUGCUACGAACGACUUGGAAUUCCAUGCGAAGACGAUGUUGUGUGUGCGAGAGGAACGGAAAAUCAGCCGACUAGUCACGAACUCGAUAAUGAUAGAGUACUGGUGACCUUCAUCGGAGAAGCACUGCGUCGCGCUGGUUUUGCUGGAAUCGAUGAGUCAGAAGAUAACACGUGCCCACCAUGUGAGGAACACAUCGAUGAAUCCACUUUCUGCAUCACUGAUCUCCAACAACAACAACGACAAGAGCAGCUGGAUGUCAGUGAGUGCAAAAAGAGUAAUGAAGAACACCCACCGGAACGAGCUUUCUUCACCAGAGAGCGGAAAUCGGUUCAGUGGGACGACGGGUUUAAUGCAAGACUCUACGUCGACAAGGAGACCGGAGAGUCCAACAGAGCCGAACUGGAAGAGAAAGGUGUAAAAGUCGUGGUCGAACCAGCAAACGACAGUGCCACUGGACUAGGAGGAGCCACUGCAGUGGUACUUUGGAGACAAAAACAACCAUACGCAGUACGGCGUAGUGAUAACACUCUCUACGCGGUCGGCUUCUGCCGGUGUUCCGUCACACUCGAGGGACCGAAUCUAGCAGGGGAAGGAUUCCAGGAAGAUCUGUUCUGCUCAGUCAUCCGUGAUCCGGGCAUCGACAAACAUGUCCGCGGGUGGGAUGGCCGGUGGAUUCUCAACUUCGGGGACCAGAAACAGAUCAUCAUGCGAAUCUUUGACUUCUCUCCUCUCAAAAUCGACGUCCUGAAGAGCAUCCAGGCCAACAAUCCUGAGGAAGAAUGGUGCCGUCCCGUUUUUGUCGUCCUACCCACCGUUCCUCGCAUGAUGGGAGAUCCAGAGGUGCAAAAGGUGACAAAACGUUUCGACCCUCGAACUUUUGGGGAUUAUGCUGCUAUAGCCGGAUACCAAGUCGAAGCAAUCCCUACAACUCACGUGGCCAUCCAGCAUGAGAGCGGGGAUAUUUCUGAACACCAAGUAGCUUGCGUAGACGAACCAACAGAGCACAUAUUCGCAUAUCCGAUGGAUGACACUAGUGCUUCGUCUUCUGGGCCACAUGGUGACACAGGGAUCGAAAUCCUGAAACAGGACGACCAAGGAAGAGAGGACGCAGACUGCUGGAAGGUCACUUCCGAACAACUGCAACGUCCCGGUGACGUAGGAACCUACGGCGUUUUUCGCGAGACUACGUAUGGCAUCAGGACCGUACCUGAAACACCUAUGUGGCUUCGCGAUAGGGUGAGAUUGAGGCGAGUCAUCAACAUCAACGAACAACGGCGUGGAUGUGUGGACUCUCAUGACGACUGGCGAAAACGAAGAGAGCAGGUUACAACGAAGAUUGACGGGCUCAAGGCUUACUUUAGUGUGGACUACUACUUCCACAUCGCGAAUGAAGAAGCUGGAAAUGCCAGAAAUCGUGGAAUCAGCGCGGAAUUAUCCGGCGGAUCUCCAAUUGACCCCGGCCGCGGGAGGCUAUCAAGCUACUACGAAGAAGGAGCCAUGAUCUUUGACCAUGAAGUCUUCUAUGAAAACAUCGGGCAAGGCAGGCUAUCUGCAAAGGCCAGGAGCGCAGUGUCGCCGCGACAAAUGCUAUCUCAGCCAGCCCGUGCUGAAGACGUAAAGGUGUUCGCCUGCCGUGACCUGAUUGACGUGCCACCAAUAGUGCGAACUCAUGCGAAGAUAUUCGACGUUGAUGACUUCAAUCGAGCCGCCUACCGGGACGCGGAACCUGAUCUAAACAAGAAGCAAAUCCGCACCGGAAUGCAUUCAGGCAUCCAGGACCUCACUCAUGGCGAAGACAUCAAUCAAAUCCUAGAACACCUGCGAAUUCGUAAGCGAUGCAUCAUCAGAUGCUCGUCUGGAUUUGCAGUUUCCAUCGCUUUCGGUGAACGGUUAAAGAAGAUGCACAAGCUCAACGUCAUGCACUGCUCACUCGCAGGAGAAUCUUUCACACACUCGUUCUCUAUGACCACUAACGGAGACGCCGUCCGGUACAAUCAUGACGAACUAGUUCGGGUUUACAGUGUCCUAUCAGUGGGAAGAACUUUCACUGCCACCGAACGACGCAAGAUCAAACUCAUCCAACAGGUGUUGCACUUCCGCGGGAAGAUGAUUCCAUUUGACAAAUGCCUAGAUCUAGCGAAAGACAAACUGCGUAACGUUCCGGAGGAGGAACUUAAGGAAUUAGUGCGGGUCGCACGAGUCGACAGCCAAGCGCGAUCUCGCUAUGGGAUAGGAGGCCGAGUCCGCGAUCUAGGGUCCUUCUCAGCACUGGAAGCAUUACGCAGCGGAGGAAUAACGAUGAUUGACACAACAUUUGUUACCAUGAUGGGACAUAUUUUCUCCGUCAUUGGAUUCCUCUCUUUUGCGGAUGGACGCUGCGGCUUCUUUGUCUCUGGGACAAAAUGGAAGGUUGCGCCACUAGUAGAGAAGGCACUAAGAGAAAAGCGGAUAUCUGCGGAAGAAGCUUCUUCCAUCGUCGAUGGCUUCUGUUUUCAAUUUGAUAGUGAUUUUGCAGGUCGUUUCCUCGAAGGACGAGCAUCACCUUCCAAAAUUGACAUCAGCAUUGCUUGUUACAAGAGUCUAGACAAGAAACUGCUCCGACGACGUCUCGUCGCAGAUCGAGGCUUGGAGAACAUUGGUUUUGUUGACUUCAGCAUGUUGCGAAAGACGGGAAGAGAGAUCACUCUCCUACCCAAAGGCCAGAAAGUCCACAAGCUCGAGCGCUUAUUUCUCGCCUUCAAAACCGGACUUCGUCGCGUAAUGUUCUCUCCAGAAUGCAACAAGAUGCCUCUACAGUGGAUCUGCAACGAACUGUCUGAAGCACUCGACAACAUCCCUAGUACUGCAGGAAACAGUCGGACCAAUAAUCAGCAGUUUUGGGGCCUUGAGGAGGGAAAUGCCGACAACAUCAUCCAUCCACUAGAUGCCGAAGUAGGUGACCUCGACGUAACCAGUGAGUGCCAUCUUAAUCGCAUUACCGAGGCACGAAUCCGAGUCUGGUCGGAAUGCUCCGCUAUGACGGUUGACCCUGAAUACGUGCAAUCCGUCAAGAAGAUCAUCGCGAAUGCCGCCGCUGCGAAAAGGAGAAAAGACGACUUUCCUAUCGGCGAUCGCGUCCUUGUCUACGACGUCGUCACCAAAAAGGAAAUUCCCGGUGAAAUCAUAGCCAGGAAGCGCGGACAAGGAGCGGAUCCAUACACGUAUACUAUCCAGUUGGCACGAGGGACAACCAUUGCAAAGGCGACUCACAUCCAAGAGCAUGUCAACUACAACCACUACUACGAUGUUCCGGACCACAUCCAACCACUAUGCCCCGCAGAUUUCCAAGUGGGCGGCUGUGCCUACAUCGCUGAACAAAAUUGGAAGCGUGACAACAAUCGUACAGAUGAAUCAACUUGGGUUGAACCUCUUCAAAUCGACCACCAUAGUGCUGGCCCAUAUUUCUCUUUACGACCCCCCGGGAAGGGAGACCAACAAAAAUCUAAAUCGAAGAAGAAAUACUCGAAGAGGAUCAACAAACAACUCCAUCUACUAGCAGAUGACGACGUGGAGGACAGCAUUGGUGAACUGAGCGAUGAAGAAGAGGACAACCUACAUCAGGAAGAGGACGAUGCUGUCCCCGAAGAUGGAAAUCCCGGCAGCUCCAAUGGACCAGACCACGUCUUCUUCAACGAGACCAGUGACACUAAAUUCCGGCGUUACUUCUGCGGAGAAUUUGGACACAAGGCGCAAGAGUGUCCUCUGCGAGAAAGUAGGCAGAAGGGAUCUAGAGCCAAAGCUAUUGGCAAGUCAGCCGAACGCUCUUUACUUGUCAAUCUAGUCACCGAUGAGAUCAUUGAUGGAGACGAAGAAAUUUGCGGUAGCUACGAGGAACUUCAAACAGACCGGCAAGCACUCGAGGAAUCGACAGUGACUAUUUUGACGGAACCAGAAACGGUUUUAGUCACUGCACUACACGGAGAGGACAACGCGGACAACCACGCUCAAACUCCAGCUGAUGAAGAAAAUGGGCCGAAUUCCGACCAAGAAGAUGAUAGCACUGAUGGAGAACACAUCUUCAAAAAUUGGAACAAUCAUCUCCACAAGCCCAAUCGUGAAACUCGACGGGCAAUGGCCAAGGCCUUGAAGAACGAGAAAGAGGGUUUCCUCAAGGAGGGAACACUAAACCAGCAGCUGAUCCAGCAUGCGCUCUUCGACAAGGCCCCCGCUUCCACUACGCCGGCGAGUAUCGAGCUGUACAAUUCUUGGAGAGUCGAGGAACAAUGUGAGCCGGUUGUUGACUCGAAAUUGCAGAAGGCUUUUCGCGUUGCCUGGAACAAGCGAGUCAUCCAAGUAGUUGAAUCGGAAGAAGAAUACAAGAAGUGCGGCGAGGGACAUCUUCUGCGGGUGAUUGUGUGGGAUCUUGAUCCAGCGAAGUCUUAUCCUGAAUAUGGACUCCAUAGCGUGCUAGAUCCGAUCUCUGCCCGGCACACUGAAGUAGUCCAACGACUCCACGGCGCAGUGAAGUGCGAUGACCUCGAUCAUGAAUUUGUGCGUGCUGCAAGUGGACUUGAUCAACAAUCCGGGUUCACCAAUUCAGUGGAGAAGGAGUUUGCGAACAUCUUCGAUAGCGAGCUAGUCUCUAUCUUCCAGGAGGGAGUUGAGUGCAGCAAAGAGCGCAUCUUAACAUCCCGGGGCAUUGCAGGCGUGAAGAUGGUAACCAAAUACCAUUACAAAAACACCUUCCGUCUAGUGCCUGGAGGACAUCUCUCAUCCAUCGAAGCAUCAGCAGAAAGCCCCACACUCAGCGAUAUCGAGUUCCGCCUGAUCAUUGGAUCGCUGCGUCGUAUUAAGGGCAAGCGCAUUCUGAAGAGUGGCGAUGUACCGCGGGCCUUCCUGAAGAACUUACGGUUCAAAAAGGAGAAUCGUCCACGUUUCCGCUUUCCACAUAAUCUUCACGACGAGCAGACGAUGAAGAUGCUGAAAAAUCGUUUUGGCGUGGAUCGGUCCACUAUCUUCUUGAUGGAGAUAUCGCUAUAUGGCCUAAAAGAGGCGGCUCUCAUGUGGUAUCGCACCCUGAGCCAAUUCUUGAAUUCCAUCGGAUAUCACUGUGAUCCGUGUUCACCAUGUGUGUUUACCGAUGGGAAAGGGAACUUCAUCGGGAUCCAUGUCGACGAUCUGAUUGUAGCCAUGUGCGAAUGGGCGUUUCGAGAACUAGCCAAGGCGAUGAAGAAACGACUUGGACUCGAAACCUGGUCUGAUGCCCGGAAUGGAUUCGUCUACACGGGAUGCAUGGUAACCAUGAGUGGGGAUGGCAACUACGUGUACCUGGCAAUGCAACAGAAGAUCGAGGAAAUGACUCUCUCGCCGGUCCCUGCAGGUUUUGACCUCAAGUCGGAGGGUCCGCAUGAAACCUUAGACGUGGAUGGGAUUAGUGAACUCAAGAGCAAACGUGGUAGUCUCAUCUACGUGACUCGCAUGCAUCCGGAAGCUCAGUUCGCCACCCGCGCUCUGGCACUCGGAGCCGAUACCCAGAAAGACCACCGCUGGACCGAGAGUCAGAACAACAUCAUCCGACGUUUGAAGUCUGGAAGUCCAGGGAUCACGAUGGAUCUCACAUAUGCAGAUGAGAUGAUCUUAAUGCUCCCUGAUGCAUCACUGCAAACUCCGUGCGUAAAGGAGGAAGUGCUGUCUGUCGAAGAAGUCCGCCAAUUUUACCGCGAUCAUGCUGACAGCGAGGCUUACGUCUGUAGUACUGCUGAUGAAGUCUUCUCCGCCUUAACAUACAUGAGUGCUUCUCGGAAACGCGAGGACCGACGUAAGCGAGUGGCUGCAGUCGGGAUCCCAUCGAACAACGAAGCCGACCUAGGAAAGGAGCUAUCGCGACUCAAACCCGUCUUGGGAUGGAUAGCUCUCUCUAUCUCUUCUGAGGAUUGGUCGAAGUACGAGAAGAAGCAGCAAGACCUUGAGCGAGUCAAGACACAAGCUGAAUUUGAUGCACUCGAGAAAUUCGAGAUCCGAUGUUCAUUCCUCGGCAUCGCGGACAUCUUCGGGAGCAUCAUCACCAGCAGCAGCUAUGAGGCAGAGUUACACGCGAUGGGAGAAUCGGUCCCCGUACUCGAGGUAAUCCUGCUGAAACUACGUGCGUGGAAUCUACCGGCCAUCGGCGUCCUGCUCUCCGAUAGCAAAUCGGCAGUGGCGCGAUUGGUAUCCAAGGCCGGAAUCUGUCUCGCAGAUGCCACCGUGUAUAAGGUUUUGGCAAGACUCAAGGCGUGGCACAGUGGAACGCAAGUGGAGGUGGGGCACAUCACUGAUCGUGCCAACCCUGGCGAUGGAUCCACGAAGAUCCAAAGCGGAAGUAAGUGCCAGCAAUUCAUGAAUAUGCUGAGAGGAAAAUUCGUUUUACCAUUGAAGCAAGCAUUUAUCCGCCGACGUGUCCACACCUGGGAGCGACCUCUGAAUGAGAAGGUCGACUCCAUAUAGAAAAUUCAUCUUUGUAAAUAAGUAAGAAAAAGUUUUUUUUUGUGGCAAUGAAAUAAAGAAUGACAGAAUUAGAAAGGAUAAAUAGCGUGGCACUUUUGUAUCACUCGAAACUAAAUUUCGUUUGCACAGGUCACAGGGGACCAGUGGUCCAAGUAGUAAUUUUGCAGACCUUAUUUUUCACAACACAAAGAAAGUUCACGAAAAGAUAAAGAAAGAAGAGGGUAACACAUGGAUAGAAGACAUACAGUUGACAACAUUAAAAUUUUGCAAGAAUAAUUUAGAAUAGAACGAUAAGAAAAGAAAAUUUUACUUUAAGAAGAACACCUGAAUAACAGAUCCAUACCUCUGAAAAUGUCUGGGAACAAAACACAUGAAGACCGAUCAUAUACAUCUAGAAAUAAUAUACAUAACUCCAACUAGUAAAAUUUUGAGUGGGUAAAGUUUGUCCAAUGUGGACACCUUCAAGGUCUGAUAGUAGAUGGUUAUUGAAGUAAGUGUGGUGAGUAAUUCUUUUGAGAUCCGAAGUGGAUUCGCGUGUGUGAUCACCGACGUGGUCACCAUUGAGAUGAUGUAUCUUAAUUUUCCUGUAUGAAUCUGGUGGGACCAGAUGAGCCAUGGUCUGGGCAAAAUAACAAAAGUCUGUCUUGGGGAGUUCUCAAGACAUCAACCGUGAGAGGAAGCAAGGAAUAGAACACGUUUCAUCAAAUAAUUUAUACCUCCUAUAAGAAAGAGGCAUAUAAAGUAAGUCUUCGUUAGUGGUGUCCUGACAUAAAUAGAAAUCAGGUUCUGGGUCAGUUUUUCUUCAUGAAGUAAAGUUUUCAAAAUCUUAAUUACAGAAGAACAGAAAAGUAGAUAUAUAAUUUUUGAAUAAGGAGUGACUAAGUAGGCACUCCAAGUGAUCUCUUUCUGCUGUUGACUGCGUUUCACUUCUUUCACCCCCGGGGCACUGUGAGAUUUCCAUGAAGAAGUGACUAUACUUCGUCGGAAUACUCUGUGUUAAUCCCGUCGGGCUGUUUGUUCGUGAAACGAGUCAGAACGAGACACUUGAGAGUGAGGGCGAGUGGAAAAAGACUGUUUGUUUUUGUUCCGCUCGGAAAGACAUUGUAGAAAGUAGUAUCGUUUUGUCCCUGCGGGUUGAUUAUAACUGUAUCGAGUUAAGUGACGAGAUGAAAAAGCUUAGGUGAGUAAGAAGUAUACCUAAGCACAUGAAGACACACGAAACUGGCGUACACAUUAAUCACUACAAAACCGCAUGGACAUCAUGAUGAUCCUUUCCUCCUUUCCAACACCUCACUUUGUGUUUUGUGUGACCGCUAUGAAUACGCGGCUCAAGUUUUGAAAUCACGAAUGAUAAUGUACAAGUAAGAUGAUUGAGAAACAAUAAAACAUGUCGAACACACAGAUCACACCGCGACGGUGUUGAUGGACCCGAGUGUUCUACCCCUGUUAUCACUUUCCGACAAUAUGCUUACAGGACAGGACUACAAGACUUAAGGCGUUGACUGGAUCAUGGAAAAAAUAAAAACCCUAAACAAUCAAUCUUGUCAAGAACUGUACAAUUGUCCAACCUACAAACCACAGCCAUGACAACGGUAAUGGCGAAUUACUCGGUGCCACGAAUCCCUGGUUAUUCUGGCUACGUACCUGGGAAAAAAGUCGAAAAUGUAGCCGGCGGAGGUGUGACCUUUGUAGCGGGAGAGUUAAGGCUCACGUUAAUGAAACGACGAGCUCUAAUAUACAUAGAUUAAUACAACCGUUCUUGAACAAGAUGCUGACCACCUCUUACUGUACUAGGUAGAACAAGAAGCACGACCUCUAUUGAUUCACAGUCCAUAGAAAUAUGAAUAUCGCCUUCCCUUCCCCUCUUCUCCCCUUCCCCGUCUUCCCCCUCUAACCCCCUGCAAGAAAAUCUUCACCGAGCGUGGGGAGAAGGAGGCACAAGGCAUGUACACGAGGGAUCCCCCACUUGGCGCUACUAUGAACGCGUACUACGAGUGGCAGGAAAAGAGCAGGUACGCAGACGACAGUUGGAAGGAUCCCAACUUCCUCAAGAGGGUUUACUGCGACAAGGGAUACAGGAAUGAUAGCAGGAUAUCGGUAUAGCCUUUUGCAGUCGUGUUUGGUCGGUAAUUUUUUUGGAGGUAAAUAAACUUCUUCUACUGGUAUAUUGAAUCUUUUGGUAGCUUGCAUGCUUUUUUACCUCCUGUCAACACUAGUAUGAUUGAUCAUGAGUCCUCGCUCGUUGCAGAAGGGGGUAAAUAAACUUCUACUGGUAAGUAUGAUAUAUUGUUGUGAUGACUGCGUGGAAACACUUUUUACAACAUCAAAAAACACAGGUCGCAGGAAAAUCCUUCAACACGAAGUACGGGCAUAAGAUGGAGCUGGCGCCGUUCGAUCAUUUAAACCAGAGAUGAGGGCUAUAGUUCUUAGGUUCCUAUCGAUGUUAGAACUAGAAAAUGUACUGUUCGACAGCUACAUCAAAAUUAUUGGAUCGCCAUUCAAAACGAUCAAAAUCUUCAAUGUAGACUACUGAACUGAAAUAUGAAUCUUUCGGCACGUCACAGUUACUAGAAAUAUAGAUAAUGCACACACACUAAUAUUCUGAUUUUCUUAUGCACACUCACACUUACUCUCAAUUCUUGGUAUUGUUAGGCUACUUCUUGGUUGUACAGUUCUAUGUAUAGAAUGUUUGACGCCCUGACACAGAGCAUUGGCUCAAUUCUUGACUAUUCUAUUCUUGGUAUGGCAAAUAGUCUGAUCAUCGCAUCGAUCCGGCGGAGAUAAAACGAAAAUCCUUGCAGGGAAAGUCACUGUAUUUAUCAUACGCCUGUAGACUUAUUUGGAUGAAAUAGAACGAACAAACAUCAUUUACAAGAGCUUUGAUGUCGAAAAACAAGACGAAUGAACAUCAGGCACUCUCGAU